CUAACAACAACAACAGUAAGACAGCUGUAUAGCCCUUGUGGUUUAGCGCUUCUUUUUUUAUUCUAAUAAUAUAGGUGUGAUUUGUAUCACCUCAGUACUACCAAGAUAAAGAAGUAUGAGUGCUCGUCGAGGCCCGGCUGAAGAGGAAACUGAGGAGCUGGAUGGAGGGCCAGGUCUAGCAUAUAUGCCAUUUGUUGUCAUGGAUGAUUUGCUAGAUAAACUCAAACUUUUGAAUUAUGAUAAAGAUUUCCUCAUGGAACAAAUGAAACCUUUGAACAGACACUAUUUUGCUGUGGCUACUAACCCUGGAGAGCAGUUCUAUCUGUUUACAUCACUGAGUGCAUGGUUGAUUCGUAAGUCCGGGAGACACAUGGAGCAACCUCAGGAAUAUGACGACCCUAAUUCAACUAUCUCUAGCAUACUCGACCACCUUAGACAGCUGGGUGUUACAUUUGACUUCCCACCCAGCAAGUUAAAGACUGGCCAUGGUGAACAUGCCAUCUUUGUUCUUGACCGCCUUGCAGAUUUUGCACUCAAGCAAUCUAAUUUUAUGUGGAAAAAGCCCAUAUAUCCUGCUGAAGACACUGGAGGUGAUGAAGGUGAAGUGGAAGAUGAAGCAGAAUUAACUCUUGACAAAGUAGAGGAAGAAAUGAUGAAUGAAUACGAUGAUAAUGAUGAUGAUGAAGAAGAAAAUAUCCUUCAUAUGGAUGAUCUUAAAGACUUGACAAAACAGAAGAAUGGGGAAGCUUGGCCUGAUGAUAUUCUACAUUCUACUACUACAUCUGAAGAGUGGAGACUGGAACUUGAGCGUGUUCUUCCUCAGUUGAAAGUUACCAUAAGAUCAGAUAACCGGGACUGGCGAUCUCAUAUUGAACAGAUGCAUGAACAUAAAGCUAAGAUAAAUGACACGUUCAACUUUACUCAGAAGCAGCUUGAUGCUCUACACUCUGAAAUUUCUCGUAGUCUUGAAAAAAUUGGUUCUCGAGAAAAAUAUUUAAAUAGCCAGCUGGAGCCACUGUUGUUGGAAUAUCGGAACCUCCAGAAUGUAGCAGCAGAGAGUCGAGAACAGUAUCGCCUAGUGUCUACAAAACUUGUGGAAAAAUCUCAUGAAUUGGCACAGAUAUCUGAUGAACUGGACAGAGUUAAGCAUGAGAUGGAAGAGAGGGGCUCCAGCAUGACUGAUGGCACUCCUCUGGUGAACAUUCGUAAAGCACUGACACGAGUGCGGCAGGAGAUCACAGCCAUGGAUGUUCGAAUAGGAGUAGUGGAACAGAAGCUGCUGCAGGCUAAACUCAAGCACAAGUCCAACAUGCAGCGGGACAUGAAUGCCCCUGUCUACAACAAUAUGGAUAUGGGCCUUUUCUAGUGGUUGUAUAUCUACUUUCAGUGUGCACAUAUUCCAAGUAUUUUCUAAUAAAUAAAUGCUGGAUAUUUUCUAUUGUACAUGUAUUGUGGGCACAACUUUUUGAAUAUUUCAAGUCAUCAUGUUAUUGAAAAUUUUAUUUGUUCUUAAUAAUUGCCUUUAACUUUGGGACUUUCCUGUUAAAGCAGGGAUCCCCCCCCCCCCAAAAAAAAAAAAGAAAAUAUACAUCCUUUGUUUUUCCUUACUAUUAAUUCCAGGAAUGGGGUAACUGAUCUUGUUCAUCAGGAUACAGUACAUGCAAUUUACUUAGAGAUUUCUUCUUCUGAUGAUUGCAAAAGGGUAUCUUUAUCAUUGCCCAUGGCAUUUUAGUCACCUUUUAUAACAAGAUACUCAUAAUUUACAAGAGAUGAAUUUAAUCUGUGUUUGAUGAAUAGAUAUGGUAUCACUAAUUCUUCCAUAUUCCCUCCCUCCGAUGUGAAAUCCAAUUUUUAUCUAAAUCACUUGAUACCCUCAUCACCUUACUUCUAUCUAUGUUCACUUUUAACUUUCUACCUUCACACACCCUCCCAAACUCAUCCACUAACCUUGGCAACUUUUCUUUAGAAUCUCCCAAAAGUACUGUAUCAUCAGCAAAAAGUAACUGUCAACUCCUAUUUUGUAUUUGAUUCUCCAUAUACUGUACUAAUUUAAUUCCACCCUUCUCCCCAACACCCUAGCAUUUACUUCUUCUACAACCCCAUUUCAAUGUAGUUAUUACAAGACAUGAGUUUACAGUUUAUUCAUGUACACAUUCAAACAAAUUUGAGUUAGCACAGCAUUUUGGGUAGACAAACUAGGACUAAGCAAUGAGGGUAUUAAGACUAAUGAAGCCACUCAUGGCAUAAUGAUUCCUUUAAAGAAUGUCCUGAACUGUACCCAAGUGUCCUUUUCCACAGUUGAUCAGUAUCACUAUACCAUUUACAACUAUGAAGGUAUUAUGUUACAGUAAAUUAUAGUAAAAUGUAUUCAGAAUGGCAAAUACUGUAUCAGAAUUGAUAGUUAAUGAAUAGUACUGCCAUUUUUUUUCACCUAGGAAACACACCUAUCACCUUGUUUCUCAGAGAACAUAGCUCCUGUACCACACACUAAUACUCAUCACUUGAUCUUGUUUGCACUAAAGUCUGCUAAUUUCCUUAAUAAUGUAGAUUAUAUCAUCUCAUGUUAGUGACCCAGUUUCUCAAGAUGUGACCCACAACAGUCAGGUAACACCUAUUCACUGCUAGCUGAACAGGAGCAGCAAGUGUUACAAUAUUUGCCUGUCUUCCCCUUACCCACGAUUGAAUAUACAUAUAUCCUUUGGUUGCAAAUCACAUGUUACUACUGGGUUAUGAAUUAUAGGAUGGUUACUUGGGUUUAAACCAUAUUGGCAACACAAAAGUCACUAAGACUGCAUGUAACCCUAUCAGUACCAAUCAAGAAUAUUUUAAUCCUAAAUAUGGAGCUAUGAGGAUUAAAGUAAACUUUAAGUGUAUCUAUACAUACUUAGAUAAAUACCCCUCCAUGUAUACAUACACUGUUUCUGUCAAUGUAUACACAUCAAGAGAUACUUAUCAAAAUGUUUACUACAAAGUGAAGUACAGGUUAACAGCACCCUUAAUAACCCACAAGUUUAAAGCCAAAUAAAAUAGCUGUGAGUAAGAACCUUUCAAGAGUGGGUGUCAUGAUAACUAUGAAGGACUCCUGAUCUAAAGAAUUUGAACCUUCCUUUCCUUCCUUGGAUCAAAUCUGAUGGCCUCCUGUUCCAGAGGUACUUUUCCACUUGUUAAAAUAAAUGUAUGACCUCUACAGGUUUAUUGUAGCCUUAUUAAAGACUUGACCUGUAGCCUUAUUAAAGAUUUGCCUCUCAACUGAGAGGCUAUUAAUGGAUAUGCCGCACCUUGACACAAACUUCCUCUGACUGUUUGUCACCAACUGGCUUAUUAUGUUAACUUAAAUUAUAUUUUCCCUUUAGCAUUCCCCACUGUCAUACUAACACACUACUAACCCUCACUGGUUGCUGUUCUUCUCAUAUUUCUUCUUUAGUGUAUCAAACCCUGCAGAACUAUAUGACCCUUGUGGGUUUGGCACUUAGUUUUGGUUAUAACAAAUACUAUUUAUGGGUACCAUCAGGAAUCUAAUAAAUUGAUAUAUUCAGCUGACAUGCCAUUGAGAGAGUGGGCAACAAAUAAUCUGAAGUUGCAAGGCAUGGUAGAGUGAGAUUAUGAGAGAUUAUCAGGUACCUGCAAAGAUGUCCAUACAGAUAUUGAACCUAGUCACCAGCCAAGCAUGUGUUGAACCCCAGAGUUGGAGUUGACUACACUAUUAUUGGGAUAAGGAUGGGAAAUUAUGUAAAGGAAAUGUUGAACGACUGGUAUGUUAUUACCCCGCAUGUUUGGUCAGAUUUCAAGGAGGCCCUGCAUUGGGUCAAGAAUAACAAAUCUUCAUUUACCCAGAUUUUAAAAUCUUGUAUGUACCCACAGAUCAGAAUCUAGCUGAAUUAGUUAGCACAGAUAUUAUUAUAAUUAUAAUCAUGGGGGAGUGCUAAACCCGUAGGAUUAUACAGUGCAUGUGGGGGGGGGGGAGAUGGAAGGCAUUCAGACUCAAUUCAGGGAACCAGAGCACAGAUCUAAUUCCCUAGAUCAAGAUCCCCUCACCAGCAUCAAGGAACCUCCCUUGAGAGGAGCAGGGAUGUGACAUGCAAGAAAAUGAACAAGUGCGAAUCCUGAUUUCAAGAGUGCAAGUGGGAACUUAGUCAGCUACUAACAUGCCUCUUUAACACAUCAAUCCAAACUGGUGUUUUGCCUGAGAUGUGGAAGAUGGCUAAUGUAAUUCUUUAUCUUUAAAUCAAGGGAUAAGUCAACCCCAUCAAAUUACCACCAAAUAAGCCUGACAUCAAAAGUAGGGAAAUUGUUAGAAUCAAUUAUAGCCAAUUUAAUACAUAACCAUUGUAAGAGGUCCUGUUUGAUUGUCAUCUGAGAAGGACUGUGUAGUACAACUUAUGGAAACUAAGUUACUCGAUCGCACCCAGUUCGCUCUAUUAACCCGUAAACGGUCCAAACGUAUAUAUACUUUUUUUCAACAUUUGAAAGUAGUAUGUCAAAAAAGUAGAUCUUUUUGUUUUUUUACAUUUUAAAAUGUGUAAAAAAACUUUGAUCUACUUUUUUUUUGUUAUAUUUGAAAAUGUGUAAAAAAAACGUAGAUCUACUUUUGUAGCACUACACAUGUGAACGUAGAUCUGCUUGGACCGUUUACGGGUUAAGGAAAUUAAUCAGUUACAGAAAGUGUUUUCCAAGGUAGGACAUGGUCACAAGUUGACUGUUGCAGGUCUUAAACUGUAUUGGAUCCAGCAGUAUGAGUGAGAGAUUCAGAAAUUCUUGAGACACUGGCGACCGGCAGAGUGAAUGAAGUAGGACUCUAGAUAUCAAGGAUACAAGUAAAAUCAUUUAUUUGCUAGAUUGGUAAGAUGCAGAGGAUGGCUGCAUAAUGGCCACCUCAGUUAUGGUGCUAAAUAUCCCUUAGUUUGGAUAAGGAUUGAAGGCUAACUCUCAAUUGAGGUUCCUUUAUGCUGGUGAGAGGCUCUUGAUCCAAGAAACAGAACCUGUUCUCCUAUUCCUUGGAGCGAGCUCAUUUUCCCAUUUCCCCAGGUGCUGUAUCUAAAGCUAACCUAUGACACUGAGCUUGACUCUAUCAGCAUUACUGAUUCUAUGUCAUCAUUGAAGGCUCUUGACUCAUAUAAUGACUCCAACAACAUGCUCAUUGGAGAAGCCAGGUAUAGAUACUCAAAAAUCAGGGACAAAGGAAUUAAUGUACAAUUGCUAUGGAUCCCAUCACACAUUGGAUUACGUCUUCAUGAUAAAGUUGAUAUGUUAGCCAAGAAGAGUACCCAGAAGGAGAAUGUAGAAUAUAACUUUGGUAUAUCUGUGUCUAGCAUUAGGAAUAAUAUUAAGAGAGAAGUAAAUAAUGAAAAUGAUUGUUAUACGAAUGCAGUUAGAAGCCUGAGUAGAUCUAUAACCCACUAUGAUAACAUGAACGUAGAUAAGUAUGUUUAUGGAGCAACGUGCAAUGUGAACAGACUGACUGAUGUUGUAGUGGCCAGGCUUAGGCUUGGUUACAAGUACUUCUGGCAGUUUGGGAGACACACAGAUGAUGAUCAAACUAAAUGUAAAUUAUGUGAUCAGGCAUAUGGUCACUCUCUUGAACACUAUGUGCUUAAUUGUCCACUUAUUGAGGAAUAAAGAGACAGACAGUAUAAUAACCUACCUGGAGUUUACCUGGAGAGAGUUCCGGGGGUCAACGCCCCCGCGGCCCGGUCUGUGACCAGGCCUCAUGGUGGAUCAGAGCCUGAUCAACCAGGCUGUUACUGCUGGCUGCACGCAAUCCAACAUACGAGCCACAGCCCGGCUGGUCAGGUACCGACUUUGGGUGCUUGUCCAGUGCAUGCUUAAAGACAGCCAGGGGUGUAAUGGUAAUCCCUCUUAUGUAUGCUGGGAGGCAGUUGAACAGUCUUGGGCCCCUGACACUUAUUGUAUUGUCUCUUAAUGUGCAUGUGGCACCCCUGCUUUUCAUUUGGGGGAUGUUGCAUCGUCUGCCGAGUCUUUUGCUUUUGUUGUGAAUGAUUUUCGUGUGCAAGUUUGGUACUAGUCCCUCUAGGAUUUUCCAGGUGUAUAUUUAUUUAUUUAUUUAUUUUUUAUUUAUUUAUUAACAAUUUGAGCAUACAUACAGAGGUACAAAAAAAAUACAGAUAAGAGCAGCAUGCCAAAGCCACUUAUACUAUGCAUAGCAUUACAGGCUGGCUUAAAAUUAACUAAGCAAUGAUGAAAUCAGUGAUAAUACAUUAUUGUAAACAGAUAACUAUAAAGCACAAAUGAGUA